ACCAUUCAGAUGUUUUCCAUCUCGGAAGCGAAUAUCGUCUCUGGUUUUUAAAAUUUAUCCUGGAAUAAAAGAAUACUUAUCAAGUAUGGCAGAAGAUUCGAUCCGCCGGGAGACGAUAGACGAGGCCUUCCUCAAGUGCCCGAUUCACAACGACAGGUACGAGCGCGCUAAAACACUACCUUGCUUGCACGCUCAAUGCCUGGAUUGCUUGGAGAAAUCCGUCCAUUCCAAUGGCGGGAAAUUGAUUUGUGCUGCCUGCCAACAGGAGCAUAUCUUCCCAAAAAGAGGUAUUGAGGAGCUUCCAAACAGCAUGUUCCUUCGAAGCUUGAUUAAUUUUAUUGACAAGCAUGGAAAUGGAAACUUGCGUAGUGAUCGAAUCUGUAUGGAACCUACAUUUUGUUUGAAGCAUUCUAACACUGAAAUCAGUCGAUUCUGCAUUACUUGCCAAGAAGUGGUUUGCUCCCGUUGCAUCACUGUAUCUCACCCUGCUGACGAUCACAAACUUGAAGACGUUCAACGUAGCUACGUAGACAAGAGAGAGGAAGUGCUCGGUCUUCUUGGGGAGAGUCGCGAGAAGAUUGAAACUAUCGACACUGCUUAUGAACGAGUAGAAAGUGUUGGUGAAGAGUUAAGGAAGAACACCGAAGCUGCCAAAUCUGCUGUAGAAGGUAUUGCCAGACGUCUCUGUGAAAAGGUUAUGAAAUAUCGUGAUGAGCUUCUGCGUGACAUCGAUCGAACAUGUGCUGUAAAGAAAGACGGCGUUGACAAGCAGCUCCUCCAUCUUCGCAACGCUCGUCGCGAAUUGUCUGACAGCUGUGAAUUUGCCGAUAAUCUCGUAGCAUUUGGUAACCAUGUGACACUUCCAGCUGAAGGUACAAAAACCAUCAAUCGAUUGGAAGAUCUUCUUUCCAAAAAGGUGAACAUCGCCCCGAUUGAAACCUCCAACCUGGAAUUCCAGAUUAACGAUGAGUUUGAGCAAGAUCUGCGCAAAGACUGCGUAGGACGCGUUGGAACAACUCUACCAGCUGACCCUCUGAAAUCCAAAGUGGAGAACGUCAGCGAGAAGGAUGCAACUGUUGGUGUCGAAUUACAAUUCCUGGUCACACUCUGUGAUGAGAUGGGCACUCAAAUUGCCGAGGGAGGAAGUGAUGUCGUGGCCCGUAUGGAAUCAGCAGAUAAAAGCAUCAUGCCUAUUCUAGCAAACGACAACAGUGAUGGAACAUACGCCAUUAAAUUCGUCCCACAUCGUUUUGGAAAGAUCAAAGUCCAUGCUACCGUGUUCGGAGAUCCAGUAACUGGAUCACCUUUCGAAGUGAAUGUCGCUCCACGAGGCGGAUUGGCUUUCGAAUACGGUGGCUCUAACGGCCAGCUUAACCAACCACGUAGUGUCACGACCAAUUCGGAGGGCAACUACAUCAUAUCUGACCGUUUCAAUAAUCGUAUUCUUAUUAUGAACCGCAACGGCGAAGAGAAAGAAGAAUUCACCCUGGAGUACGACGGCAUGCAGCAUGCUUUCAGUCCAGACGGCGUUGCAGUCACCCGCAAAGACGAGAUUGUCAUCGCUGACUUCUACAACCAUGAGGUUUUCGUUCUCGAUCGUGAAGGGAACUUGAUCCGUCGAUUUGCUAAGGAACUUCUUCUUGGACCAAUUGGUAUUGCUGUUAACAGUAAAGGUUUGAUUCAUGUAGUUGACCACAAGGGACGUUGUCUUAAGGUGUUCACCACUGAAGGGGUGUACAUUCGAACCAUCGGAGGAGAGGGAACCAAGCCUGGCAAAUUCCGCAUCCCAUGGUUUGUGGCCAUUAACAGUAAAGACCAUAUCUUCGUGGUCGACACAGGUAAUGCACGUGUGCAGCAUUUUAACGAUGCUGGAAAGUACGUGCAUAGUUUCUCUAUUGCCUACGAGACCAAGGAGUUGAAGCCACGUGGCAUUGCCAUCGAUGGCAGAGAUCGUAUCAUUGUAGCAGGAGGCAACCGCAUCUCCAUGUACGGCUGUGAUGGUAAGCUCCUCAAGAGAAUCGACAAGCCCGAGGACGGAAUGAGUUUCCCUUGUGGCUGCACCGUCACUAAAGACAAGCCUGCCCUAGCCCUAGUCUGUAAUGGACCUCCAGACGGAGACAAACACACCGUCAAGGGAUUUGUUAUUGGAUAAUCAGCUUUUGGGACGUGGCUAGCACCCACAUAUUGCGUGAGGGUUUUGGUUUUAUAUUCCGGGAAGCAUGCACCACACUCAAUUCUCCGCUUUUCUAGGUGGUUAAUAUAUUUUCAGUGCUUAUCUUUGACUAAUUAUGUUUAUGCAUUAUCCUGUUUAUCCUCGAUUAGGCCUAUCCCAGAGUAUCCUCUCCGUAAUUUUCAAGUAUCAAAUUUUUUUUUCAUCAAUUUGUGAUUAUAGGAUCGUAGACUCGUAGACAGCGGACAUCAUUAUGACAUAUAAUGUCCAGACCAACUGAACACCCACCGAUUAGGUUAAGAUUAUUUAGUAGAAUUUUGGACUUGCACCUAAGGGGCUACUGUAAGGAAUUAGAUAUUAAUUGAUUGUUGAGUUAGGAUCUAAGCAUUACAUCCUGAAAGCGUUGAUUUUAUUUAAUGAAACUAUUUAAUGAAUAUUUUUCUCAAAUUUCUAUACGUAAAAAUUAGGGUCUUUACCCUCUUCAUUAUUCUGUCAUGGGCAGUUCCUAUUAUUUUCAUUUUUAGAAGAUAAAAAACAUCUAAACACUUGAAAAAUAAACGUACAUAAAAAUACUCUAAUGAGUAUUCGUGUGUGCUACACAAUUUUGUGUCGCCAUCUUGUGAGAGGUGUCGCAUCUGGCAAUCCUCUUUUUGACGAAACCCAGACGAAAAACAUAGACUUAUUUGUACUUGUAGAAUUUUCAAGAAUUCCAUAAUCGAUAACCUUUUGAUUUGUAAGCCGGGAAAAGCAAUAUUUAUUGCUUUGUAUUUUUAUUAUAAUGAAAAUCGCUUUAUUUACCUUGUAUUUCCAGUAAGAGAGCUAGCUAGCCUAAGUUAUAAAACGUUUGGAUGUAGAAUUUUAUUGACGGGGAUUUUUUAGGCGGUACUGUAUCAUGAUUCGAAAGGAAAAGAAGAUAUAUUGAAGAUAUGAGCUGACCAGGUUAAGUACUGUAGGCAUGUUUGCAGUUUAGAGGAAGCAAGUCAAUUAUUGUAACAUCCGAUAACGAUAAGACAAAUAAUAAAUGUUUUUAUAGCGAGCA